GUGACUGUGUAUGUGUGUGUGAGCGUCCGCCGCAGCCCUGCCCAGCCUAUUCUUUCUCCUGACGUCCUUCCUUGAUGCCAGUGUCACACGCUGCUGGGGAUGAACAUUUUACAGCCACUGUACAGUUUUUAUAAGCUAAGCUAUACCGUCUGGGAGCAUUGACAGACGGACUGCCUCUGCGAAAAGGAUAUUGCCCACCGGUGCCUGUCGGGACGGGAGUGCACUCGACAUACGCUUAACAGUUUGCAUUUCGUACUGUAUCCGCCGAUGUUUAUUUAUUAAUAUAUUGUUUUCCUGGAAAUGUGCACAGAUGAGUCUUUGAAGGGGACACCGCGUCCGUGGGAGUGGUUUAUUUUCUUCUGGACAACCCAGACUCUUUGAAAAAAUGGGUCUGUUUUCAUCUGUUUGAUGCUGCGGUAGCUCUGUUUUUCCUAUUCUGUUCUGCUUUUGUUUUCUUUCGUUGUGUCUCGUGAUCUACAGUCGACUCAACAUACAAAAAACUCGCUGGUAUGGGACAUUUUUGUUUAGCUCAGGACAAAAUGAUCUAUUGUUCCGGCUAGCCGAACCACCACAGACAUGAGCAUCAUAGUAUAGCCUUUUUAUCUUUGUUCUCAUCCCAUCAGUAUUGUGCAUAGCAUCCAGCAGACUUGGGCGAAAAUGAGGAUUGUUUAAGAGGGAAAACACUAUAGUGGUGGUCGGAGAGGGCAGCGAUAGCCUCUCGAUACUGGCUCGGCUGCGGACCGGGUCUGAUUCAAUUAGCAACUGUACGCGGAGCCCUGCAAAUAAAGGCAGCGUUGCUGAAAGCUGAAGCUCAGGGACGAUGUCUUCUCGCGCAGCGCUGCAGCCGGGGAACGACAGGAAUGCAGACCACCAUGCCACUCUCUCAGCCAGCCGUUCAGAGAAGGGCUCAGGAUGGUCGAGUCGCUCACUUGGAGCCCGUUGCCGGAAUUCAAUUGCCUCCUGUUCAGACGAACAGCCUCACAUCGGCAACUACCGGCUGCUCAAAACCAUCGGCAAGGGCAAUUUUGCCAAAGUGAAGUUGGCACGCCAUAUUUUAACCGGCAGGGAGGUUGCAAUAAAAAUCAUUGACAAAACCCAACUCAACCCUACAAGCCUGCAAAAGCUCUUUCGAGAGGUGCGGAUCAUGAAGGGGCUUAACCAUCCAAAUAUAGUUCAGCUCUUUGAAGUGAUCGAGACGGAGAAAACGCUCUACCUUGUGAUGGAGUACGCCAGUGGUGGUGAGGUAUUUGACUACCUUGUAUCCCAUGGGAGAAUGAAGGAAAAAGAGGCACGUGGUAAAUUCCGUCAGAUUGUGUCUGCAGUUCAUUACUGUCAUCUGAAGAACAUUGUUCACAGGGACCUAAAGGCAGAAAACCUCCUGCUUGAUGCCGACUCCAACAUCAAGAUUGCUGACUUUGGCUUCAGUAAUGAGUUCACUCUGGGCAGCAAACUGGACACGUUCUGCGGCAGUCCACCGUACGCCGCACCAGAGCUCUUUCAGGGGAAGAAGUAUGACGGGCCUGAGGUGGACAUCUGGAGUCUGGGGGUGAUUCUCUACACACUGGUCAGCGGAUCACUGCCCUUCGAUGGACAGAACCUCAAGGAGCUGCGUGAGCGAGUGUUGAGAGGGAAAUACCGUGUGCCGUUCUACAUGUCCACUGACUGUGAAGGUAUCCUGCGCCGCUUUCUUGUGCUCAACCCCACCAAACGCUGCACCCUGGAGCAAAUCAUGAAGGAUAAGUGGAUGAAUGUCGGGUAUGAAAAUGAUGAGCUCAAGCCUUACAUAGAGCCUGUGGAGGAUUAUAAUGACACCAGCCGUGUUGAUGUAAUGGUAGGAAUGGGUUACUCGCGAGAUGAAAUCAAAGAUGCUCUGACCACUCAGAAGUACAAUGAGAUUUUCGCCACGUAUCUGCUUUUAGGUCGCAAGAAUGAGGAUGGCAUGGAGUCCCGGUCGAGCAGCAGUCUUUCCCUAGCACGUGUGCGGCCUAGUGCAAUCACCAACGGCACCAGCAAACACUCGUCCACCUCCUCGUCCAGCUCCACCUCUGCCUCCAGUCACACUAAACCCCAGCGCAGUGCCUCUACCUACCACCGCCAGAGGAGACACAGCGACUUCUGUGGGCCAUCAGUGCCAGUAGCCCAUCCGAAGCGCAGCCCCACGAGUACAGGAGAAGGGGAUCUGAAAGAGGAGCGUCUGCCCUCGAGGAAGACCAGCAGCAGUGUGGUAGGCAGUCGCAGCAUCCCUCCAUCCAGCCCUAUGGUCAGCACCGCCAACAACCCCAACAAGUCUGAGAUACCGGACCGCCGCAAGGACAUCAAUGCAACAACGAACAACAUCCCUGCCAGUGCCAUGACCCGUAGAAACACUUACGUGUGUACGGAUCGCACCGGCACCGACAGACACUCCUUACUCCAGAAUGGGAAAGAAAACAGCUCUUUGUCACAUCGAUUACCUCCAGCUUCCCCGUCCACCCACAGCAUUUCUGGUGCCGGGGCCUCCAGCUCUACUUCAUCUGAACGGUCUCGGCUGACGAGGGGCUCCACCAUCCGCAGCACCUUUCAUGGGGGCCAGCUCCGGGAGCACCGGCCUCCCACCCACGCACCUCCCACCUCACCCACCCUUUCCCAUGAAGCCAGCCCUCUGCCACAUUCCCGUAGCCGUGCCACCACAAACCUGUUCACUAAGCUGACCUCUAAACUUACCCGCAGGGUCAAUCUUGACCCCUCUAAGCGCCAGAGCUCAAACAAGUCAGUCUCGGGCUGCACUCUGCCACAGGGAUCAAAAACAGUUAGGUCACAGACGAACCUGAGAGAGUCUGCAGAUCUCCGGUCACAAGCUACAGAUACAGCUACAAAAAGUCAGGCUAAAAAACACAGUCGCUAUCUAUCUGGGUAUCAAAAAGCGACAGAGCCCCGGACCCCCCGAUGCGGCUGGGAUGUGAGAGUGCGGAGCCCACGGGACCCGGCUGAGGUGGUUCUGGCUCUGCGGGAGGCGGCGCAGGGCUGCGGUUGCCAGGUCCACCAAGCCGGGCCCUUCCUCCUCUCCUGCACCCAUGGUGCCGCCGGUUCCCGUGUUGCCUUCGAAGCGGAGGUGUGCCAGCUGCCCAACGGCCCCACCGAGUCCAGUGGUGUUCGAUUUAAGCGCUUAUGGGGGGCACCGCUCGCCUUUCGGGACAUCGCCGCCAAAGUGUCUAAAGAACUUGAACUCUGAGGGCGACAGGGGGUGGAGGGCAGGGACAAAAGCAUCGGACAGGACGAUGGGAUUAGUGAAAGUAGCCCCGCUCACACCCCCGCCCCCUCUAAGCCUACAAAGACUGGCACACACACAUUGAGAACUGGGCAUCUGCUCACACAAAAGCCCUGCUGAAGGAACUCCUUUUACCGGGUCUGUUUUACCGCUGAUUUUACCUGGUAUCUUAGCCAUGUUCUUUUUAACACCCAUUUUUUUGUCACAUGGUCACUCUAUACAUUGUCAUUCCUUUUUAACUGCUGCUAUUUAACUCAUUUUUGAUUUCAAGUCUUCUGCUGCACCGGCAGGGAGGAGGAUGUUUUAUUUUAUCCUUGUUUAAAUAACCAUUUUCACAAACACCUGUGAACGCCAUGCCAUUUCCAACCGUAGACUACAUGCGGAGCCGCUGAUAAUGCUGAAAGUGAUAGCAAUUUCUCAGCAUAUUCUUUUUUUAAUGAUCUCUGUCCUUGUUGGUUGUUUGUUUUAGCCAUCAAACUUGCCAGUGGUGCAGGUUGAGUAGGAGAUGUCUGCUUUCCUGAGCCUCUUUGUUUUUAGAUUCAUCAUAUUUACAUGGUCACAUCGUAGCACUUUAGGGCUGAGUGAGCAACACCACCUGUUUUAAAGCAGUUCUCCCUUCAAAUGGUGCAAUUUUAUCCCCGUUGAGCCAAGUCGAGACACAACGCUCUUUGUGUUGCUCUUGUACGUGUUGUACGCUGAUGAGAAACCUCUGUUAUUUUGCCAGAAGUGCACUCUGCUGAAUGGCCGCAAACAGACUGUUGACUUUGUUUAUCUUCGGUUUGAAAUAGCAAGUCCUCAUCGUCAAGAUUGGAAUAUGUCUGAGCUGUGCAAUGUGAGAAAAUGCAAGAAUGAUUAAUACAACAUUUGUCUGAAAUCCA